AUGGCUCUAUCUGACGCGCGAGACUAUGUGCUUGCCGUCGAGAGCAACCAGCACGAGGCUGCCGAAAUCGCGAGGUCGACCGCUCAGAAACUUGAGAGUCGACAGGUCACGCUGAUCGAGGUCGUCCAAUCCCUGGGCGAGUACAUCAACAAUGGCGACGACAAGAUCCGAGCCAGGGCCGUGUCCUACCUAGUCUCCGUCAUCUCCUCGUUGCCCCCGAAAUACCUCUCACGCCAACAGAUCCAGGUUUUGUGCCACUUCCUGUGCGAUCGUAUCGAAGAUGGGGGCGCAAUCGAUGGCCUGUCGAAGCUACAAAGCUUGGACAGAUUUACCAAUGAGAUGGCACAAACAGUUGUGAGAGCGAUCUUUGAACACUUUGCGGAUUUGCAGACGCGCAAUCAGGCCGGCAGGUACCGUGUCCUCCAAAUGCUGAACGAGCUCCUGGACCGCCAUCGCAAAGCCUUGAGGGAUAUGGGUGACGAAUCUCUGGUCGGGAUCACAGAACUGGUUUCCGGUGAAAAGGAUCCCCGCAACCUGAUGCUCAUCUUCUCCAUGUUGAGGGUUCUCAUGGUCGAGUGGGACAUUACGAUGCAUGUGGAAAUGAUGUUCGACGCGGUUUACGCAUACUUUCCCAUCACUUUUCGACCACCCCCGAACGAUCCUUAUGGGAUCACCGCACAAGAUCUGAAGGACAGGUUGCGCGAUUGUCUGGCCGCAACCCCGUUGUUCGCCCCACAUACCUUCCCAAAUAUGCUGGAUCGCCUCGACUCGACCUCGAAUACGGUCAAGAAAGACGUUCUACAGACCCUCGCCGCCUGUGCUGACAACUAUGACCCGGCCACGAUCAGCCAGUACUCCAUCACUCUGUGGGACGCCGUCAAGUUCGAAGUUUUACAAGCUCAAGAAUCAGAAUUGGCUGAAGAAGCACUCCGUGUGCUCAGAAGCAUCGCCGAAUGCCUAUCGACCCACGCAUACAGCUCGGCAAAUUCAGCUCUUCUUCAGUAUCUGAAACCGAUCAACAAAGAAUGCCUGGAACAUCUGCAAGAGCCGGCAGCACGUCAGGCGAAAGCAUCAGGAAAUAUUCUCACAGCUGUUUCCUCAGCUUCAAUACAAGCAUUCGAGAUCAUCAUGAAGGCGAUCGGCCCGGCACUGAUCACGAUGUAUCAAUCUGGCCAGGGUUUGGUGCAGCAGAGAGCCGUCCUCGAAGUUUCCAACCAGCUGUUUGAGGCAUCCAUUGACGUGUAUGGAUCAUGGACAGCGCUGAGUCCAAAGAACCCGCAAGGUCGGGAAAACUUGAUGGGUGAGUUCAAGGAUCAAGUUGUCGCUAUCUACAGCCAGGCCCUGAUGGGCACCGUCAAAGAGGAGGUCUCGUUCCGAUUGACCGCCGCAAACGGCCUACUCUUGCUCUCGAAGAUCAGAGGCAUGCUCUCCGAGAACGAAAUCGGCCUUUUUGUCCAGUACUUUGACGACAUCGUCCUGAAAGAAGAAUCAUACGGUCGUGACGAACUUAAAAAGAGAGCUAUGGCCGCAUUGGCAGGGAUCUCUCACUUUAAACCCGGCCUCAUCUCGGAUAUUACAUUUCCAGCCUUCAUGGCUCGUUUGCCAGAUGCAGAAGAAGCCCAACCAGAAAUAUACCAACCUGUACUUGAAGGACUGGCCGAGAUCAGCGUCGAGAAGGACUUGCAGGCAACAUUAAUGCGGCGCCUUUUGAACAAGGUGGAGUUUCUAUUCAAGUCAAGUCAAGGGACAUCAUUCCCUUAUACAUGUUCCAUCUUAGGCACGAUCCUAUAUGUGCUGAAUCGUGCUGCAGCUGCUUCACAAUCACCAUUGGAUGCAUAUUAUGACCGAGUUGUCAUUGGCCUCUCCCGGAGAGCAACAGAAACUCGCGGUGGCCCUCUCACCAACGAGACCGUUCUCGAUAUACUAGGUCGAAUCAUGAACCUGAUCGUUCGGCACUCUCCGGUCGAUAAAGUUCAAAUGGCCGCAGAGAACAUUUACCUGCUCUUCAGAAACAACCAGUUGGUCGGAGACUUGCCCACGCUUUCGACCCUGUUGGAACCACCCACCCUUACUAUCUUGUCGACCUGGCUCCUGGCGGCCCUCCCCCGGAGUAUACACUCGGUUGAUCUGGACAAGGCUCAAAUACCUCGGACUAUCGAUGAAUUGAUAUUAUUCGCUUCCAAGACUUCCAGCCUUGCCAUCACACAGAGCUGUCUUUCACAGAUAUCUCUUUACACCAAUAAGCAUACAAAACCAGCCGACUUGAGCUAUGUUGACAAUCUCCUCUCUCAGAGACUACUGGGGCUCAGAGACGAGCCUAUGGGCGACACUGAGUCCAUUGACUUCGGCAUCCGACUUGCCUUCGCCUUGACCAAAGCACUCAUUCUUCGACUCUCUCCCAAAACGAACCAGUACCUCACUAGUCUGGUAGACCUCCUCGACGAAAAUCAGCAUCCUCGAGAGGUCUCCCGGAAGGCAGCAAUGGGUUUUGCUACCAUCCUCUCUCCAGACGAUGUCCUCUCCAAGAAGAACGCUGCCGAGAUCAGGCUUCUCGCUCCCCAGCGCGUAUUCCAAAUACUGACGCCACUCAUCUCCGAGAGGUUCAAGGCUUCUCAGUCGCCAAGCGAGAAGGAGAAUUAUCUCAUAGCACUCAGUGGCAUCCUGGCUAGUGUGCCGUCCGAUAUCGUGAUGCCGGAACUGCCCACACUGUUGCCUCUUCUCCUCCAGUCUUUGGAUAUCACGGAUCAGACGGUAAAGGUUGCUACUCUGGAGACAUUGGCUGUGGUAAUAUCAAACAAUCCUUCUGCACUAGAAGAAAGUGGACAUAUCCCUGCCCUUGUUAAGAGACUCAUCAAGGUGGCAACGGUCCCAAAAUAUAAAUCUCCCAAGGACGCCAGCGGAGCGGGAAUUGUCCCCCCAACGAACCUUCCAACAGCCCGCCGGCUUGCUGCACGUUGCCUUGCUUUGUUGCCCAAGUACGUAGGUUCCGCUGGCUCAAGGGCGAAUCCUCUUCUAGGUCUGAAGCGGGAGGUGUUGCAUGGUCUUACUUACGUAUUGGAUGAUCACAAGCGAGACGUAAGAAAGGAAGCUGUCGAUGCACGAGCAGCCUGGCUGAGAGGAGUUGAUGACAUCGACGACGACGACGACGUCUAG